AUGUGGAAUUAUUAUCAUCAGAUCGCUGUCGCCGCUUCUACCUUACUUCUUUCGUCCGUAUGUGGAUUACUACCUACGGGACCCAAUCGCCCGGGAGACUCUACCAAGCGCGUCUCAAUCACUGAUCUCCGUCGUGGAAAGGGAACUCACUGGGGAGGAAACUGGAAAGGAGGAAACUGUGGAUUUUCCUCCUGGAAUCAACCCGCGCGCUAUCCACAGAUCGCCAUGGGGGGCGACAACUGGAACUCUGGAUUAUUUUGUGGAGCCUGCAUUCAAGUCCAGUCUGGUUCUAAAGCGUCAGUUGUCGGGAUAGUGGGUGAUCAGUGUCCCAGUUGUGAGAAAGAAAGCCUAGACCUCGACCCGGAGAUGUGGAAACGAGUCAGCGGUGGCGCCACUCCAGGAAUCAUUCCGAUACAAUGGAAAGUUGUCCCUUGUCAAUAUAACAACCUUCCGAUGCUUCUAGUCAAGAAGGAAGGCAUGAGCCAACACUGGUUUGCUAUUCAAGUUGCCCAAAGUAGCCAGCCAGCAUUGAGUCUACAAUACCGACCUACGAGUACAAAGGCCUGGCAAAACACCAGAAGAGACACCAAUUCCAAUUACUUCAUGACUGCCGGAGGGGUACCUGCCGGGAAGUCUGCAGAUAUCAAAGUAACCUGUGCCGACGGAAAAACCGAAAUCACCACUCCUAACGUCGACUUAAGCGGGCCUGGUGUCGUUCGCGCCAACGGGAACUGCCCUCCAUCACUUUGA